UAUGAUAUUAUUUUUUUCUGCAAUAGGGAAUUUUUCUUGCAACUCUAAUUUCAAGCUCGAAUUGAAAAUCGCAUUAUAAAGCUAAAUACUGUGGUGAAUGGUAUAGAUUUAUUGAUCACGACAAAAUGGCUGCAAUUAAAACGAAGAAGCGUAAAGUUUCUAAAAAAACAAAAAAAGCAUGGCGUAAAUAUACAGAUACAAAAGAUGUUGAAAAAUUUUUGGAAAAUUCACAAUUAGAAGAAAGAUUAGGUUCUUUCGCGAUUCACAAGGAUUCAGAAUUGUUUAGUAUUUCUACAGCACCUGAAAUACUUUCAAAGCAAAAACGUCGAGAAAUAUUAAAAUUGAAAGAACCACGAUGUUUUAAUAUUUUAAAACCUCAUACAGCUGUUCCAGAUCCAAUAACAAAAAGAAACCGUGUAAGAACUAAAGAUGAAAGAAAAAAUGCAUUAGUUUUAAAAAAAGAAGCUAUCAGAAAAUCUCAAAAUAUUUUGACAUUAAAAGAAAAGUUAAGAUUAAAAAACAAAAUGAUUGCAGCAAAAAAAAAAUUAAAUAAAUCAAAAAGAGAUGAAUUUAAUACAAAUAUAUGGAAAGAAAAAAUUAUGAAAGACAUUAAUACAGAUUGGAUGUCUUCAGACACAAUUAGACAUACAUUAACAUAUUUUGGAAUAAAAAAAAAGAGAAUACCUUCUUCUUUACACAAAAAACCUUCUAAUAUUCCAGCAGUUGAAGCUCCUCAUCCAGGUAUAUCUUAUAAUCCUUCGUUUGAAGAUCAUCAAAAGUUAUUACAUGAAGUGGCUCAAAAAGAAAUGGAACUUAUAAAAGAAGAAGAACAUCUGAACAGAGUUACCACAAAAAUGUUCAAAAAGGUUUCACCUAAAGAAAAAGAAAGUAACUUGAUAAAAGAAAUGUCAGAAGGUCUCAAAUUAGAAGAUAAUCAAGAUUUUAAUGAAGAUGAAAAUAAUGAUCCAAUAGUAAAAUCUAUAAAUCCACCUGUUAAAAAUCAAAAAAAAACUCGUGUGCAAAGACGUAAACAAAAAGAACAGAAAAAUUUGGUACAUAAAAAGCAACAAGAAAAAGUAGAGAAAAAAAAGAUUUCAGAUAUAUAUAAAUUAAGAUUAUUAGAUAGACAGUUAGCUGCUAAAGAAAAGAAAGAAAAAGUAUUACAAGAAAAGAGAUUAAAAAAGAAAAUACUUAAAACAAUGGGUACUAAAACUCUCAGUAAAGUUAAAUUUGAACCUUUAGAACUUGAUUUUAAAUUAGGUUCAGAAUUAACUGGAAAUUUGCGGAAUUCUGAACCAACUGGUAAUUUAUUGAAAGAUAGAUUCAAAUCUCUUCAACAGAGAAAUAUCAUUGCUCCUACUAAUAUCAGAUUAAAACGAGACAAAGCUAAAGUAAAACGUUUUAUAAAAUCAGACCAUAAAAUUGAUGUAACAAAAGUAAAAUAAUUUAUAAUAUAUAUUUUUAAUAAAUAGGUUAAAUAAAAAAAAUAAUAAACUUAUUUAAUUAAAUAUCAGAUUUAUCUCUUGAGACCAUAAAUUUUGUAAUUUAAGUAUAGACAAAAUGAGCAAAUAGAUGGAAAAACACAGAUAUAAGUCAAAAAUUGAAUAAUCAGCAAAAUGUCUCGAAUGAAUUUAUUAAGUGUUUUGGAUUAUUUUAAAUCUAUGAACGAAUAUAUAUAGUAUAUAAUAUAUAGUAUAGAAUACAAAUAUAUAAUAAUACUUACUUUAGCGUUCACAAUUAGAAUCAAAAAUAGAAUCGAAAAUAAAAUUCUUAUUCGAUUAAAUGAUUUCUACGAAAUUCAAUUGAAUGAAAGAAAAGAAUAAAAUAUGAGAUAUUAAUGUGAAGUAUUAAUAGUCGACACAUGCAAAAUGGUCGAGUUUCAUUUUUCAGCGUUAAUAGUUUAUAAAUGAGCAAAAAAAUAUAUAUAUAUAUAAGUGAGAUAUCAUAUAUUCAACAAAAUACAUAAAUUCAAGCAUUAAAUGUUUAAUUUGAUAACGUCAAAAACAAUUAUAAAGUUUUUAAAAAUUAAUAAGUAUAGCGAUGAAUAUUUAAAUACUUAAUAUUUAAGUAGGCAAAAAGCUAGAUACAAAAAUAGGCAUCAUUAUAAUAUUAAAUAAUAUUGCUUAUAUUAGAAAAUAAAAUAUAUUAAAAUAUAAUUAUAAAUAUAAAUAUAAAAUCUAUAAUGUAAUAUAUUAGAGUGUUCCAUAAGUUUCUUUCGCACCACGCUAAGAAUGACUUUGAGUGGCUAUAUUUAUGUAAACAUGCAGGUUUAUUUAUUUGCCGUCUAUAGUAUCUUUUUUAGUCGUCUCAAAGCUUUUUUAAAGUAUAUUUCGUUGGUGAUAUAGUCUCUUUUAAAACUUUUUUCUAUAUUGUUCAAUAUAAAUAGUCAAAGGAAGCAUUUGUGCUAUGUUAUGCUUCAUUGCUUUAAAAAAGAUAAUAGUGCAAAUGAUACUGCAGACAAGAUUUGUACCGUUUAUGAGAGUAGUGCUAUGAUUAUUACGACCGUCCGCAAUUGGUUUAAGAGAUUUAGAGUUGACAAUUUUGAUUUGAAAAAUGGAGACCGCAGCAACAACGGAUACGGAUUAUCAAGGCUUAUCAAGGCCAUGCUUGCUGAAAAUCCGCAAUAUAGUAUAUAAGAUAUAAUGAAUGUCACUAACAUUCUCAGAACAAUGGUACAUAAUCACCUAAUCAAGAUAGGAUAUAUCAUGUGAAGUUUGAAUUCCACAGCUCUUGAUGGAGAAAAACCGUGUCUCUACGUGUGGUUUAUUUCUCCAGCGACAUGAAAGAGAUACUUUCUUAAAGAGGCUUGUCAUUGCAGACGAGAUUUGGAUUUUAUAUCAAAAUGUGCAUUGAAAACGCAUUUUGUCCUUAGGAUAAUAGACCUUCAAUUGUCAUAAAGUCUGGACUUCACCCGAAGAAAGUUUUUUUAUCCAUUAAAUCAAUCUUUGGUGGGAUUGGAAAUGUGUAUUCUACUAUGAACUCCUUUCGCAAGGUGAAACCAUCAAUUCUGCCAAAUACUGUAAUGAGCUUGAUAAAUUAAAAGCCAUAGCAGAAAAUUGAAAGUUAUAAUAGAAAAAUGGCCAAAAUUAUCGUUUUUCAUCAACAAUAAUGCAAAACGGCAUGUUGCAUUGACUGUAAGACAAAAGCUGUUACAGUUUGAUUGAGACGUUCUACCGUAUCUUCCGUAUUUCUCAGAUCUUGCUCCAUCCGAUUAUUACUUGUUCCUGUCAUUAAAAAAUUCUCCAUGAUAAGUUUCAAUUUGUAAGUGAAAUAAAAAUACAUUUCGCUGAAUAUUUUGCAAGCAAGCCCCAAAAAUUUUGGAAAGAGGCAAUAAAGGCUUCCUGAGAGGUGGAAGAAGAUGAUAGAGGAGAACGGUUCAUAUAUAAUGCAAUAAAUCAAUCUUAAACAAUAAAUAUUGUAUAUUCAUUUCGUAUCAAAAAAAUAAAGAAAUUUAUGGGACACCCAAUAUAAUUGAUGUAUAAUGAA